GCGCCCAAUGCCAUGCUACUUGCGCUCGUGUGCUGCCGGACAACUUUCCUCUGGAGAUAUGUACAAACGGAGCUUUGGACCGACCCGACAAGUGACAGUGGUUGUCGCUCUGGCAGCAGAUUCUAGGCCCGCGGAGCGGGUCCUGCCAUGGUAUGCGACUAUCCCCGAAAUGCCGUAGCCCGACCCUGGUAACCACCGCGCUCUGAAAAUUGUUGGGCCUGCGUGACAGCGAGCGAGGUCCCAGUCCCGGCGUUUUUCUAGGCACCCUGAUGCGCCAGUCUUGUUCCCAAACAAGAUGGCGGACAUUGCGCUUGUUCUUUUCCUGUGCGUGGGUUUGUCCUCUCCCCCCAAGACCGUCAAACACGGUCGGCAAAUUUGCUUCCGUCACUGUUCGGCUAGGACCAACAUAGUUGCGACACGAAUUCAAAUAUGUGACAUCGCCCAAAAUACUAACGCAGUCUAACAAAGUUCGACGUCGAGCGCAGACAGCUUUCGUGCCCAAGGCGUCAGUAAUACUACACGGAAGAAGCAGAGCCUGGGCAGUGAAUUCGAAUUCUAAGCGAUCGGGCUUUGGGUUUCAAUAUGAUAAUUCCGUAUUGGGGUUGCUAUGAGAAGAUUGCCCCGACGAGGAGGCCGACGCAUAGAUUUGCACCCAAAUACGUCCGAAAAGAGCCGAGCUGCCGGGAUUUCGGCUAAACCUAAGCGAAAGGGGCUCAAUAUUGCAUCCAAAUCUUGACAUCGUUACACGAGGCUGGACGAGUGCGCCAGACCCGAGCGGCAUUAUUUAAGCUGCCGUCCUAGCUCUCACUCAGGGUACGCUUGUUCCCCGCCUACCAUUUUUUUUCUCCAUCACCCUCUGGGCUGUAUCUACUCCGUUCCCCUCCUCCGUGUAUCCACACCCCCUGUCCUCUUCAGUUCUGCUUCAUUUCAAACAUUAAUACCGUCUCGUUCGCUUGCGCCCACAAAUGCAAGGAAAGCCUUCUCGUGCAGAGGUCGUCUUCUCCAGCGACGUCAAAAACAUGGACGACUGGGCUCGUAGGACACGCAUCCCGCUCACGACUGCCGAUGCGCUGGGCGUCACAUACGCCCGCGCCCACCGUUAUCUCAGCGCCCUCAAGGGUAGUUUGGUCAACCAGUACCAUUGGACCGACUCCCACUCCUCUGACUCUCGCAUGCUCUUCUGCGUCGAGACAACCUCUAUUUGGCGCUCGUCCGUCGGCCUCCCCGCCGGGCCCGCCCUCCGCCUCCAGCUCCCCGUACACGCCACAUCAUUUUUCUCUCCCGAACGACGCGUCCAGUGGCAGAUGGUGUUCCACAGCGACACCUUUGAAUCUGUCCGCAAAAUAUGUCCUCCCAUCAACGACAUCCUCAACCUCGUCCAAUGCUUGUUAACCGGCAUUGUCACCGUCGUCUUCGAGGAGAAUCUUCCAGAGGGGGUCCACCGCACCACCCGAGGGUUGCCCCCCGCCGCGUGGGUCAACGCAAACGAGCGCAUGUUGGUCGAGAUAUUCGGCGUGUCUCACUACAGGGCGUUGAGGAAGGCAUGUACGGACAUGCAGUCCGCGUUCAAACUCGAAAUCGUUCCGUACCAUCGCUGAUGGGUCGUUUGUCAAAGAGGAAGUUGCGAUCGUGACCAACACAACUGCAGUGACUUGGCCAGAUUCGCUCCAUCUUUUCUCCAGGGUUACCAUAUGCUUCUCAUAAUCCUCGCAUUGUUUUCACAUCCUUGUUCUUCUUGCAUCUCCCUCUCUCCGCUGCAUCCUCGUUUUUUGUUACGUCCCCCGCACUUCAUUCGCUUUGUAUAUCUUUCCGACGCAUGCAUCUUCCUUGUAUCUAAAGCACGGUUUCACGAUACCUAAAAUAGUUAAUAGCCUAUGUUACACUCUCCUUCUAAUAGCUCUGCUGAAUACACUAACUCGAUUUCGCAUCUGCCAGUGGCGAAGGCGAAUAAAUGUGACCAUCUGCGUGACUACUUUUGUCUCUCGCGCCUGUGAUCAUGUCGUCCGAAGGGAAGGACAAGUUGUGCCAAAUCCGCAGUGCCCCAACGGAAACCCUGUCUCCCGUUUAGAAUGCCCGACGUGUAACAAACUUGGCAUCCGCGGGUCAUUUUUCUGUGGACAAGAAUGCUUCAAGGCUGGAUGGGUCUGUGGCUGGCCUAGUCUACACUAACCUGUUAAUCGUUGUGCGCAGAAAGGCCACAAGAUUAUUCACAAUCUUGUGCAAGACGCAGGGAAAGGUCCUGCUGGGACCUACAAUCCAUUCCCCAAUUACAGCUACACGGGACCGAUGCGACCUGCCUAUCCACUCUCAUCUAAGCGAAAAGUGCCGGAUCAUAUCCAGCGGCCGGACUACGUCGAUGACGGCGUUCCUCGCUCUGAAGCGCGAGCGGCGGGACAAGCCAUCAGGAUAUUGAACGCGGAGGAGAUCGAGAAGAUGAGAACUGUGUGCCGAAUGUCUCGAGAGAUCUUGGACCUUGCCGCAGCCGCCGUUCGCCCCGGAAUCACGACAGAUGCCAUAGACGAAAUUGUACACAAUGCGACCAUCGAGCGAAACGCGUACCCCUCCCCACUAACUACCGAAACUUCCCCAAAUCCGUGUGCACUUCUAUCAACGAGGUCAUCUGCCAUGGGAUCCCGGAUCAGAGGCCCUUGAAGGAAGGCGACAUCGUCAACCUGGACAUUAGUGUGUUCUAUCAAGGUUAUCAUGGUGACGUGAACGGGACAUAUCCUGUGGGCAAGAUUGACGAGGAGUCGGAGAAACUUAUCCGGACAGCGCGUGAAUGCCUCGACAAAUCGAUUGAGAUUUGCAAGCCCGGUGCCCUGUUCCGAGACAUUGGCAAAGUGAUUGAGCCUAUUGCCCGCGGGAAUGGCUGCUCGUCCGUUCGGACGUAUACCGGACAUGGCAUUCACGAGCUGUUCCACUGCGCACCAAAUAUCCCGCACUACGCCAAAAAUAAAGCCAUAGGGACCAUGAAGCCUGGCAUGAUCUUCACCAUCGAGCCCAUGAUCAAUCUUGGUCCGAGCUGGGAAACUGUGCACUGGCCAGACAACUGGACGGCGACUACAGUAGACGGGAGGAGGAGUGCUCAGUUCGAAGAGACGUUGCUGAUCACAGAAACUGGUGUCGAGAUUCUGACGGGGUGAAGUGAAA